AUGACACACACUUCUGACAGGGCGUCCUCGCAUGCGAGAGCGGAUGAAGGGUCUCAUAGCGGCAGCAUCCAGGCGGCCAUAGCACGAACUGCAACUCGAAGUUUGGCAUUGUAUUUUGCAAGACCUGUUCGCCUAUUUCGUCCUGCUAAAGUCAAUGGCUGGCAGACAUUAAGAAAUCUAGCACAUCAACAAGGGACCACGCUCACGUACCAGUAUCUUCACUCUUUGAUCAAAGUAGAAGGGUUUGGUGUUAUUCCAAAACAUUUCGUUCCUCCAAUGAUAGUCAACGCUGCUCUAGGAACGGUCUUAUGGGGUGCAUACGGAGAGGCUGGUGAGAGACUAGAGCUGGCUCUUGGGAAGCAUACAUUGGCAAAUGCAGCGGUAUCCGGGGCCAUCGCAGGUGGAUGUCAAGCCUUGGUCGCCGCUCCCGCAGAAAACGUGCGAAUCCUUCUGGAGCACGGCUUCGGGGGGUACUCAUGGUCUUGUGCUUGGAAGGAAGUCUUUCGCGCGAAUUCAAAUCCCUCAGUCCCUUCCGCAGCAACGCACCACCUUAACGAGAUCCGUCAGUUGCGUAAUUGGAUGCAGGAAGUGGGCCAAAUGGCCGGUCGCGGGUGGAACGGCUGGGGGUGGGGAUGUGCCAAAGAUACAUUCGGGUUUGCAGCGUUCUUUCUUAUCUUUGAGUUGUCUCGUCGUGCGGGAACGACGGCGAAACAUCUUACGGAACAUUUUCUUUCAAGACACCCAACCACAGCUAAUGCUAGCAGUCCCAUGCGCACCCAACUGCCGGGAAUUGUCAACGGCGUCACUCUUGUUACCGGAGGGGUUUUCCAUGAAGGUUUGAAAUCCUGGUCAUGUUGCCAGGACAUCUACAAGCCAGUGUUGGAUUUCGAUGAGUUCAUGAAGAUUCCUGCUUGCACUGAGAUAAAGGGUCACAGUGCGGCUGCAGAGCCUACCCCAGCGGCACCCGCAGCGAAGUCGGGGCCAGCUCCGAAUAUCUCAACGCAAACAACUGCUGACGGAAAGGAAGUCUUCCAAGUUGGAGGUGUUACCCCGGUAUUUGGCUCCGCGGCUGUAUCUUCCGCCGUCCCUGCAGAGCGUCCGACAGAACCAGCACCUGUCCUCGAGGUAGAUGACCUGAAUACUCCAGUUGCGGUUGGAACAACGUGCAGGCGAAAAGGCUGUGGAGUGACUUUCGUCGGCGAUGAGGUCAAUCGACAAGGAGACGGCGAGGGUACUGUGUGCCACUACCAUCCUCUUCCACCAAUCUUCAGGGAAGGAAGCAAGGGUUAUCUGUGCUGCAAACGGAAAGUCCUCGAGUUCGACGAAUUCUUGAAGAUCAAAGGUUGCCAGACAGGCCGUCACUGCUUCGUGCCAGUAGUUACGGCAGACAAGACCGUAGAGCAAGUCAACUGUCGCAUUGACCAUUACCAAACACCGGACCGAGUGCACGUCUCUGUGUUUGCGAAGCAGAUCGAUAAGACACGCAGUACUGUCAAAUUUGAGGAUGCAGAGGAAAGCACUUGCCCCCUCUUAGUGUCCUGGAAACAAACGGUUUUCGAAAACCCUUCAGUUGUUCGGAACCAUCGAUCCUCAGAGCAGCACCUUCACAAUUUUCGGCACGAAGGUUGGUCCAAUUCUGCCUCUGCAUCAUAUACAGACAUUGACCAUAACGAUCAGGUUGAACUGAACUUGAAGAAGAGCGAUGGGCGCAGUUGGACUGUGCUGGAAAAAACCGACCGUGAUCUCGGGAAUAUCAGUCUAACCUUCGGUGUAGGCGGUAGAACGGGGACAGUUGGUGGUAAAGAAAUCAUUUUAGACGAAUCUAAUAAAGCCCGCGCGUGA